CGGUUUGGCGCUCAGUUAGUCGUUUGCACGCGCUGACACCGGUUGACCGACCAACAACAAUAACAAACAACAACAAAAAAAUUUAAUAAAAAAAUAAAAAAAAUACGUGGAACAAGUAGAACCGAAACCCGAUGAUCGCGCGUAUUUUACUUAAAAUUUGAGACGCUGAUUUCACAGCCAAAACGAAUAUUUACUCUGAUAAGAAACACCUUCAAAGAUAAGGCUGUAACGAACGAUCGCUCUUAUCAGCUAGCUUUUCCAGAGCACACGGAGAAACGGAGAGCUAAAAGCUAAAAGCGGCACAAGAGAGAACGACAAAACAUGAACAAAGAGUGAGAGGGAAUAGGCAAGAAGAAGCGGGCAAAGGCAGAAGAACCAACACGACGAUUAAUAUGAGUGAAUAAUUGGCCAAAGGCGGGACUGUCUGGAAAUCAUGCGGAAUAUCAGAAAUCUCAAGGAUCCACCCAUGGAUGGCCCAUAUAAAUGGCUGAUUUGGCUCUGCCUCCUACUUCCGGUGAUGGGGGUGGCGGCGGAAGAACUGGUCAAGGUCACAUGCACCGAAAAUGAUACCACCUUUACCUGUGAUUGCAACAACAAUAACCAGCCCAUGGUCCUGCCAAAGUUACACGGAUCCUUCUACCAGGUAGAGGUACGCAACUGUCCCGAUCUUGUUGUGGAGGCCAAUUGCCUGGCGGACACCCAGGGUCUGCGCAAAGUGACCUUUCGGAAGAUUGGACAGCUAGUGCUCAGGGAGUUCGCAUUGAGUGUGCCCCGGGAUGCCAGCAAUAAGGCUCUCAUUGUGGAUUUCGAACAGACGAACCUCAAACUCAUCGAAUCGCAUGCGAUCAAAGGUAACAUCGAGGAGAUCUCAUUCGUGGGCGGACGCAUCGACCAGAUGCUACCCUUCGGAUUCACCACCACCAAAAAUAGUGCCAUACUGCUCAAGUUUGACGGAGUAACGGUCCAGCGGAUCGAAAGUCAGGCCUUUAAGAAGUUCUCCGUGGAGCAAAUGACAAUAACGAACUGCCAGUUUCUGGGGAAUCUGCCCACUCGCGCCUUCUACGAACUGGAGGUGCUCCACGAGCUGAGUAUCAAGGGGAAUCGCUUCCAAGAGGUUCACUCCCAUGCCUUCUCCUUCAAACUUGUCUCUAAAUUGAGCCUCAGUGAGAAUCACUUUGCUGCCGUGGAUGGGGAAUGGCUGGAGGCCCAGAUCCGGGACGCGGUGACCCUCCGUGCCAACGACUUUGGGGCCACCAGUGAGAUAGCCUUCCGCAGCCUCACGGUACACCGUUCCUACCAGCUCAGCGAACGCCUGGAGCUUCGUUUCCACAACAACACCAUCAGGAGCACCCGGCCUGGAGCCGAUCCCCUGGCCACGGAGGUGAAUGACCGAGGAGUGGUGACCGAGCCGGGACAACCUCUACGCUUCGACGAUCGUUUCGCUCUCAGUGUUCGGGACUUGAGGUACGAGAAUACCUGGAGCUGUGAGCAGCUGGACAGGAGUGUGGAGCCUCCAUUGCCGCGAUCGGAAUUCUUCCGCCAGCACAGCGAUCAGUUGAUGUUCCAGACACCGGAUGGAGCAGUUGGUGGCGGAGUUGGAAUGAUGCCACUCCGUACUCUGAUCCCGGAACAGUGCCGGGAACGCAGCUAUACGGCGUAUAUUGUGGCGGGAAGCGUACUCCUUGGCCUCCUGCUGAUCCUACUGCUCCUCUUGCUGUGGUGGCGAGUGGUGCAGAGACGUAAACGUCGGAAACUGGAUGUAGUGCAGCCGGAACCGCGCACCUACAAGGAGACCCAAAUCGUAUACCAAAUCGAAAAUGCUGGCCUGCUCAAGACUGAUUUGUAGAAGUCAAGUUGGAAAGACAUAACCAUAAAUAUAUAAACACAACAUAGCUACAAGAAGCUAAAGGAACGGAUGGUAAUCCAAAAUGAUGACCCACCAUCACCACCACCCAUACAGAAACCACCUAUUAUGAGUGACCUUUCGCUGUACCAAAAUCAUAGCCUACACAAGCCUAGCUCUAAAGUAUAUAAUUAUGUAUUCAUAUAUCGUAAUAUCCUUGUAUAUAGUCGCAUGUAGAAAUGUGUAAGGAGGUGUUUCAAAAGCACCAACAAUACCAUUUAUAAAAUAAAACAAUCGAAUGCCAAAAAAAAAAA